UUGACAGGCGCGCUUCAGUCCUUGAUGUAAACCGAGGACCUACAAACUGCAGGAGAGAAAACAGGAGGCUGGAAUUAAAAACAAAAUAAACAACAGAAAAUUAUGCUGAUGGUGCCUGCUGUUUGAAAGGAGAGGACGCAGAAGACCCUUGGAACAAGUAUCGAUGUUAUCCUCAGUGAUAGAUACAUACAAGUGAUUAUUCUUGGACAGGGGCUACGCAAGGUGUCAGGAAUGCUCCCUGUCCUCCUGCUAGCUGGGUUGAUUCUGGCUCUGUCCAUCCCUGGCAUAACGUCUGAGUCAGCAACGCUGCGGUUCCUGGGGCAGACAGACUUUGUUGUCAACGAGAGCAGCACAGCUGUAGUCCGUCUGGUUGUGGAGAGAGUGGGAGACCCGGUCAAUGUGACGGCUUUGGUUCUGCUAGAGGGAGUCGACACAGGAGACUUUGAAGCUGUUAAUGCUGCAGCUUUCCUGCUGUCCACUGAGUCCAGCAAGACCAUCUUCAUCGCAGUGAAAGAUGACGACUUGCCUGAAGCAGAUGAGACGUUUACCUUCAACCUUACACUACAGAGCUCCUCUAACGGUGUGACGCUGGGAACGCCAAACAAGGCAACCAUCACCAUUCUGUCCAAUGACAAUGCCUUUGGAAUUAUUGCCUUCAACUCUACUGAGGAGAUUGUCGUGGAUGAGCCAAGAGGAAGGAACCAUUAUGUGCCUUUCACCCUAAUUAGAGAAAAGGGAACAUACGGGACUGUGACUGUAAACUAUGAGAUUUUUGAUGGACCGAACCCUGCCUUUGAGGACCUCAGUCCAGACAGAGGGAACAUCACCAUUCCUGUAGGACAGUCUGUGGUUCAGUUUAUUGUCCUCAUACAGGAUGACCAGAUCCCAGAGGAUGACGAAGUGUUCACAGUCCGGCUAACAGAUGUUGCUGGUGGAGCUCUCCUUAAGCCCAACGCCAGCAGUGUCCAGCUGAGAAUCCGGCGUAAUGACAGCCCACUGCGUUUCUCCCACUCCAUCGUGGCAGUACAAGAAUCUGCUGGAGUCAUCGCCCUCAAUGUAACACGUGGUCAGUUGACUGAGGAUGGGCCACUUGUCGGCUCUGUUGACACUGAGGUCUCUGUAGAUUACAUGGUGGUGAGCGGUGAAGCAUUGGGCAGCGCCACACCAGGCGUGGAUUUCCUCGACCUCCAGCCAGUGAAGACAAUUACAUUCCCUCCAUUUGUCUACAAGACCAGCUUGCUGUUCAACAUCAGAGAUGAUGACGUGCCAGAAAUUGCAGAAUCCUUCCAUGUGGUCCUGCUGGAGGAGACCAUCAAAGGAGAUGCCGUGUUGGCUUCACCCAAUGCUGUGCUUGUAACCAUCGAGCCCAAUGACAAACCUUAUGGUGUCUUGUCAAUCAGCAGCAGCGCCGUCAUACAGCCAAUUACUAUCAACGAAGACCUGACACAGAGAUUUGAAGGCAUUAUUAUUGUAAGAAAUGGAGGCAGCUAUGGUGCUGUGUCUGCCAACUGGUCCAUCAGCAGAAACUCCAGUGACCUCUCCCCAGUGUCUGAUGAUCUGAGUCCCGAAGAGGGAACAGUGAGAUUUGCUGCUGGUCAGGUGAUGGCUGUUAUUCCAAUAAACAUUGUGGCAGAUGAUCUACCUGAAGAAGCAGAGGCUUUUACUCUCAAGCUGCUACCUAAUACUGUAACUGGAAACGCAGAGGUGGAUGAACCCAUGGAGGUUGUGUUCUACAUUCAGGACAGUGAUGAUGUCUAUGGGCUCUUUAGGAUUGACCCUACCAAAGAGCAAACCAUCCAGAGCCAACCAGAGGGACGUUUCUUGUCACUACAUUUCCGGCGAGAAGGUGGUACCCUGGGAGAUGUGACCAUGAGUCUCACGGCUCUCUACAUUCCCUCAGGCCCGAUAGACCCAGCACUUGCCCGUGACCAGGUUCUGAAUGUUAGCAGGACCAUUAAUGUGGUGUUUGCCCGUGAGAGGAUGGCACAUGUUGUUCUGCCCAUCAGGAAUGAUGCCUUUCUGCAGAAUGGAGCUCAUUUCUUAAUACAGUUGAAUUCACUGGAGCUGAUCGACAUCAAACCUUCAAUUGCUUCAAACAGUCCAAGGUUUGGGGGACCUUUAAACCUCACCUUGACAGUCACCCCUGACAUUGCCAACGGGGAGAUUGGCUUUACAAGUAACACCCCAUUGGUGGUUUAUGAACCAGAGGACGGAAAUACCAGCACAGUAAGCAUCCCUCUUCGGCGUGAUGGGACAGAUGGUCAGGCUGAAGUUUUCUGGAGUCUUCAGCCCACUGGAAGCAGUCGUGAGGAUAUAUCAGCUGAAGACCUGAGACCUCUAAGUGGCUCCGAAAUCUUUCUCUCAGGGCAGAGUGAUGCUUCCAUCAACGUCACUAUCAUGGCUGAUGAUAUCCCAGAAGUUAAUGAGACCUUACUGCUCACUCUGGAUAGGAGUAAUGUUGAAAACCAGAUCCUGAAAGCCGGCUUCACCAGUAGAGAGAUAGUCAUCAUGGAGAAUGAUGAUCCUGGAGGGGUGUUUGAGUUCUCCCAACUCUCCAGAGGUCCAUGGGUCAUCAAUGAGGGUGAAGCUGUGGAGCUGCACGUGGUCAGAGCUCAGGGACAGCUGCUGAAACAGCUGGUUCGAUAUACUGUCAUGCCCUCGGGCAGCAGUGAAUUCUACGGUGCCACAGGCAUUCUGGAGUUCAAACCGGGGGAGAGAGAGGUGGUUGUGGCGCUUGUAGCAAGGCCUGAUGGUGUGCCUGAGCUGGACGAAACUUUCUCUGUGGUACUAAGUAGCCACAGCACUCCACCCAGUCGCCUAGGCAACCACAAGGAGGUUAACAUCACAGUGCGAAAGAACGACGACCCCUUUGGCAUCAUUGAAUUCAUCCAACCAGGACUGACGGUGGCCAUCAAUGAGAGUAAAGGGGACGAGAUGCACAAGGCUGUGUAUCUUGUGGUGAGGAACAGAGGUCACUUCAGGGAAGUGUCAGUUUCCUGGGUCUUGGAGCCGGCACUGUCAGAAGACGUAAGCCCCAUCCAGGGAAAUAUAACCUUCAUGGAGGGGGAGUACCUCAAAAACCUCACUCUCUUCUCUGUUCCUGAUGAGAUCCCUGAGGAGAUGGAGAAUUUCACCAUCACAUUGAUGAAUGCCACUGGUGGUGCUAGACUGGGAAACAAACUCAGUGUAAAUUUACACAUUAACGAGAAUGAUGACCCAAUUUACUUUUCUGAACCUGUGGUUGUGCGGCUCCAGGAAGGUGGCAUAGCCAACUUCACCAUUCUGAGGGCAGGAAAAACAGACUUUGUUGCCACAGUUAUGUAUCGUGUGGAGUACGGUGAUGCAUCUCCAGGUGACCUCACCAUGUUGAGUAAUGACACAUUGUUGGUGUAUGACAUCGGUGAAUGGAUGAAGAACAUCUCCGUGGCUGUAGAAGAUGAUGACAUACCCGAAACUGAUGAGCCCUUUUACAUUGUUCUUUACAAUGCUACCGGUGAUGCUGUUGUGUAUGGAGCAGACAAAGCUACUGUGGUGAUUGAGGCUAAUGAUGAUGCCAAUGGGAUUUUCUCUUUGGAUGCUACAGAGAAACCUGUAGAAGAAGGCAGAACUAAUAAUUUUAAUGUCCUGCGUGCCAGAGGUCAUUUUGGUAACGUCACAGUCUUCUGGCAGCUGUUUGCAAAUGACUCAGAGACCCCUCUGGAGGAGAACCAGGAGUUUACCAACACUUCAGGCUUCAUCACCUUCACUACAGGCGAAGAGAUCAAACCUAUAGUUCUGGAAGCAAUCUCAGAUAAGCUUCCAGAGUUCAUUGAGUUCUACAUCCUCAGGCUGGUUAAUAUCUCAGGUGGUCAUCCUGGAGAAGGUGGAAAACUUGCAGACACAUCCCUGAAUGCCUCGGUCCUCAUCCCUUUCAAUGACGACCCUUUUGGUGUCUUCGCGAUCGCCGACAGCAACCUGGACCAAGAAGUAGCUGAAGAUGUACUCUCAGAAGAUGAUGUGGCCGAUGUUGCUUCCUUCACCAUCCUCCGCCAGCAGGGCACUUUUGGUGACGUGCGGGUUGCCUGGGAGAUUGUUUCUGGCCGAUUCCCAGAGGGCCUCCCUCUGAUGGAUGACCUGCUCCUUCUAGCUUCCUUCCCGGAUGAGGUUGAGCUCAGGCCUCAUGCCAGGCGACACCACUCUGCCACGGACACGUGGUUUUUCUCUGGACUCCCUGGAGCUUAUGGGGCCAUCUCCCCUGAAGAUGUGCCUGCUGCUGUUGCCAAUUUCACCUUCUCUGCUUGGCUUGUGCCCACCCCAAACACUGACGGCUUUAUAUUCAGCAAAGGAACAAGGAAUGGGACCUUGUAUUGCGGAGUGAAGGUCCAAACCAAUGAGUCUCAUGUCACUGUGAUGCUGUACUACACUGCGAUAGGAUCACACAACCCACAGGUGGCUCGAGCCUCUGCUGAGAAAUUCUUAGAGAACAACACUUGGUUACACAUCAUCGUCACUGUUGAUGAUGGGAUUGUUGAGUUCUUUCUGGAUGGGAUCUCUAUACCUGGAGGACUCAGGAGCAUCAAAGGAGAGGGCAUCGAUGACGGACCUGCAUCAAUGAUUAUUGGGUCAGACCUUGAGGGCGAACAGCGAUAUACAGGCCUUCUUCAGGACGUCCGCUUGUACAGAAUAAAGCUGAACCGCAGCCACAUCCAUGAGCUUCACACCCAGCCUGCUAAAACAGACCUGCGCAACAUUUCAGGUUACCUGCGCUACCGGCAAGAGGAGAGGCAGAAGUCGUUUGUGGUGGAGGUCAGGGAUGAUAAUGAGGAGGAGGGAGAGGAGGUGUUCUAUCUACAGUUGGUUGCUGUUCAUGGUGGAGCACGCCUCCCUCUCCCCAGACCCACUGCUAUACUGCGUGUCAUGAAGAGUGACAAUGCCAACGGGCUUUUUGGUUUCACUGGUGCCUGCAUACCUGAUACCACUGAAGAGGGCUCAACUAUAUCCUGUGUGAUUGAGCGUGUGCGGGGAUCUCUGGACCAUGUUUAUGUCAACUACAGUGUUAACCAACUGGACAGUUUGGACAGUGAGACACCUGCCCAUCAGGAUUUUGUAAAUGCCACUGGAGCUGUGCUUUUUGUGCAUGGACAGCGCUCUGAGGUGUUGAACCUGUUGGUGUUGGAUGAUAACCUCCCAGAGCUGGCAGAGUCCUUUCAGAUCACUCUAGUGUCAGCAGAAUCCGGUGAUGGGAAGCCUGGCUCUACACCCACCAGCGGUGCAAGCAUCGACCCAAAUAACUCCAUCAACACUGUCACUGUCACAGCUAGUGAUCACCCCUAUGGACUGCUGCAGUUUCAGCCCAGCCCUCCAGGAGAGGGACUUAUCUCUCCAGCGAUGGAACCUGCUCACAUAACUGUUAACGAAGAAGACGGAGAAGUACGGCUGCCGGUAGCCAGGGCCCAAGGCCUUUUAGGAAGGAUCAUGGUAGGAUACAGGACAACCCCCUUUACAGCAUCCAGCCCUGAAGACUAUGAGGACUCAGAUGGUGUGCUGGACUUUCUUCCAGGGGAAAGGUUGAAGUUCAUCACUGUCACCAUCGUUGAUAACCCUGUCCCUGAGCUGGAUAAGAUUUUUAGAGUGGAGCUCUACAAUACUGAGGGUGGAGUGGAUCAGUUUCUGCUUAGUGAAGGGAGUGGUAGUGGUGAGAGUGACUCUGACCUCCUCCUUCCAUCCUAUUACCACCAUGGUAACUUGGGAGUAGCGUCCCGGAUCACGGUGACCAUUGCGGCUUCUGAUGAUGCCCAUGGAGUGUUUCAGUUCAGUCCUGAAUCCCUGUCUGUAAGUGGGACAGAACCAGAGGAUGGACGCAGCUCAGUGGUUCUGCAGGUAAAUCGGACCUUUGGUGACCUCUCCAAUGUCACCGUUUACUGGGAGGCUGAUCCCAGCUCUGAGGGGGAGCUCCUCAGCAGGUUUGGGAACAUCACAUUUGGAGUCGGUCAGACUUCAGAGAACAUCAUCAUCAAUGUGGCCGAGGAUGAGAUCCCUGAGCUGGACAAGAGUUUCACUGUGUCCUUGGUUAAUGUCUCCCAUGGUCGUCUGGGUGUUGACACAUCUGCAACUCUGACUGUGUUUGCCAGUGAUGACCCUUAUGGUGUCUUUAUAUUUGCAAACGAAACAAGGUCUCUCCGACUCCCUGAAGCCGACUCAACUGUCUCCCUCACCAUACAGCGGCAGAGAGGCCUGAUGGGUCAGGUUCGAGUGACUUAUGGAACACUUAAUGAGGCACAACCAGAACCUUUCAGGACCCCUGGAGUGGGCCGAGCAACAGAGGGGCAGGAUUUUGUCCCCCUCCUGGAUUCUGUCCUGUUCUUGGCCAAUCAGAGUGAAGCAAACAUAACUCUUCAAGUUCUGGAUGAUGAAGAUCCUGAAAGAGACGAGUCAGUCUUUGUGAAGUUGAUCAAUGUCCAGCUUAUCAGAGGAGAGCAGGAGAGAUCUGUUUUCAAUUCCCCCGCUCUGGGACCCCGCCUAGACACUGUAGCACAGGUGAUCGUGGAGGCGAGCGACGAUGCUUUUGGAGUCCUUCAGCUGUCGGCUCCUGCUGUCAGUGUAGCUGAGCACUAUGUUGGACCCAUCAUAAAUGUUACGCGUGUUGGAGGGAUUUUUGCAGAUGUAUCUGUCAAGUUCAGAGCAGUGCCUUUGACUGCCAGAGUCAGUGAAGACUACAGCGUGGCCUCCACUGAUGUGGUCCUCCUUGAAGGGGAGUCCAGUAAAUCUGUACCCAUCUAUGUUAUCAAUGAUAUGGUCCCUGAGCUAGAAGAGACAUUUCUUAUUGAGUUGAUCAACCAGACAACUGGAGGAGCACUGUUAGGGGAGCUAACCCGUGCCAUCAUCACCAUACUGCCCUCGGAUGACCCUUUUGGUGCCUUUGUCUUCCAAGAUGUUCCAGUUACCAUAGAGGAACCAGGAUCUGGCUCUGUAGAGGUCAUGCUGCCUAUUGUGCGUAACGCUGGUACUAUUGGCACAGUGGUAGUCCAAUGGCAAGCCACUGUGAAUGGUAAGCUGGCAAAAGGGGACAUCAGACCCUCAUUAGGGGAGGUGAGAUUUGCUCCUGGGGAGACCAUGAAGACACUGCGAGUAGAGAUUCUAGCUGACGAUGUACCUGAAAUCACAGAGAUAAUUAAGGUGGAGCUUACCCGUGCCAGUAAUGGAGGAAACCUUGGAGCUGAUACAUCUGUCGACAUAAUUGUGCCUGCCAAUGACAACCCAUAUGGGACUGUGUUCUUUGAGCAAUCUGUUUACCGUGUUCAGGAGCCCCUUGAGGGAGUUUACAGAGCCAAUGUUACUGUCCGCAGGAGAGGCGGUCACUUUGGUCGCUUGGAGAUUGUGUACAGCACCUCUGAGAUUGACAUUGUGGGCUUGGCUCAGGAGGAUAACCAAAACCUGCUGAUGUUUUAUGAUCUCCCAAAACCAGGCGCCCCUCCCUCAACCGCCCCUCUUAGGAAAGUUAAUGUAACUGGUCAGAGCGAUCCCCUGGCUGUGUGUGCUGCUGCUUGUCUGAGAGAACGUGCCUGCCAGGCCUUUUCUUUGUCAUCAGGAGUGACCCCACCAGCAUGCACCUGGGUGACUUCAGGGGCUGACCUGCUGACCUCUAACUCUCAGGUUAUGACUUAUGUAAAAAAUGCCACAGCAGCUGCAGUCCUGUUCAGUGCUCAGGCCGAAGCAGGGAGCGACUAUUCUCCUGUGACAGCUCAAAGUGCCUUCAUGGACGAUGGGUCAGGGAUUGCCAACCUCUCUGUCCCAAUCUUGACCGAUAAAUUUCCAGAAAUGGAUGAGAGCUUUAACAUUCAGAUCUUAAAGGUAGAGCUGAUCAAUCUGACUGUUGCACCAAAGAACCUGCCCUCGAUUGGCCAGCCAGACAAAGCUGUGGUAACAAUUGGGAUGAAUGGAGAUGCAUUUGGAGUAUUUUUGAUAUACAGCCUCAGUCCUAGCGCCAUGGACGACGGGCUCUACCUGGAGGUUCGUGAAGAGCCUGGGGUUGUGGUGCCCCUGGUCAUAGAGAGGAGAGGAGGGAAUUUGGGCUCUGUCACUGUAGAGUGGAGGUUUGUUGGAGGAAAGGCCACACCAGACGCUGACUUCACUGGGACAGGAGGGACUCUGGUCUUUGCGACAGGUGAUCUAAAGAAGACAAUAGAGAUAAUAAUCAAAGAUGAUAUUGUGCCUGAGGACAACGAGAGCCUCCUGAUUGGGCUCGUCAGUACAAAGGGAGGAAGUCGAAUCCUUCCCAGUUCUGACACCGUAACCAUAGUGAUAUUGGCAAAUGAUAACGUGGCUGGGAUAGUUGGAUUCCAUCCCUCUUCACGCUCUGUCAUUGCCAGAGAAGGUGAGACGCUAUCCUUAUUGGUGUUGAGAACAGCUCCAGGCUUGGGUAACGUCACUGUGGACUGGUCUGUAGAGGGACCCCGAGUAGACCGGACUUUCACCCAAACAUCAGGGACACUUUUCUUUACUGAGGGAAAACUAAAUGACACCAUAGUCCUGCAGCUUCUUGAUGACGCUACACCAGAGGAUAAAGAUGAAUACAAAGUUUCCUUGUUCGCUCUACAAACCUUUGGUGUUGUGGUGACAGGUCACGCCGCUCUGGACAUUCAGGGCAGUGAGGCAGUGAUUUCCGUGGACACCAGUGAUGAGCCCUAUGGGCUUCUGACAAUUGCCCCCUCAUCCCUGAAGGUGACCACAGAGGAACAGGACCAAACUGUUAACAUCUAUGUCAAUAGAGAGUUUGGAGCCUCAGGAGCGGUGAACAUCACCUAUGAGGUUAUAAGAGGUUCUCUUCAAGACCUGUCCCAGGUAGAGGGUGCUCUUGCUGACCCAGGACAAGAUUUCAUCUCUGGUACUGGUUCUGUACUCCUUCAGGAUGGGCAGACUUCUGUUGCCAUCCCUGUCACCAUACUGGAGGAUGACAUUCCAGAGCUGCAGGAGUUCUUCCUGGUCAACGUAACAUCAGCAGUGCUUAUCUCAACCCUUGCCACUAUUCCACAACUAGAUACCCAGGGUUUGGUGGCAGAGGUUGUCAUUGCUGCCAAUGAUGGGAUAAGAGGAGUCAUUGAAUGGACAAACACCAUGUUUGCAGUGAAUGAAACAAUGGGAACCUUUACUCUAGUGGCCUACAGAAACAAGGGGACAUAUGGAAAUGUCUCUCUUUUCUUCUACACUCAGAACCUGGAAGCACAACAAGGACUGGACUACAAUACCAGUGAAACGAUGCUCCAUUUUAUCGAUGGGGAAAGGUACAAGUUUAUAGAAGUGCAGAUUAUUGAUGACAACAUUCCAGAGGGAGCUGAGAGAUUCCAGCUCAUCCUGUCUGAGCCUUCUCCUGGGCUGGAGCUGGGAACCAAUACAACAGCAACUGUGAACAUCCUUGCCAGUGACGAUGGACAUGGUGUCAUUUCUUUUAACACCAGCAAGCAUUUCUUACUGAAGGAGCCCACUUCUGUGUCUGGCCUCAGUGAGAGUGUGGCCACCCUGUACGUGGUUCGAAACCCAGAGGAAGGCACGUUUGGCUCCGUCACUGUACAAUUUACCAUCACUGAUGCCAACGGCAGUCUGGCAGUGGGUGAUUUGAUGCCAGCUCAAGGAUUUGUGGUCCUGGAGGAUGGAGUCAGAUUUAAGAUGCUGGAGAUCUGGGCCCUGCUUGAUGCUGAGCCUGAAGUGAAUGAAACCUUCACGGUGACCCUGUCUAACCCAACAGGAGGUGCAAGGCUGGGCGACCAACUCCAAAUGCUAAUCACUGUCCUGGAGAACUUGGCUCCCUCUGGCUUGUUCCGCAUCGGACCCACUAUCAACAGAACCAACACAGAAGUGAUUGCUGAGGAAGGUGGCAGAGCAGUCUUCCUCACUGUGUCUCGCAGUAAUGGUCUGGAGUCAGCUGUCAGUGUGGAAUGGGAGACAGUGUCUGACACAGCUAUUGCCUCUGAGGGCCUCCUCCCAGUGAUGGGUGUGUACCAGAGCUUUGAGGAUAUUUCCACCUCUGCUUGGUGCUCACUUCCUCAGGGGGUUUCGCCCCUAGCUAUGAGGCUAGAUAAGAGGCCCAUGGUUGGCUCCUCCCACACUUUGGCCACUCUGUACAGGUGGCAGGGUGUCUUUGUGCCAGUAGAGUCUAUCAGGAUUCAGGAGCCAAGCUCCUGUGUUGGGUUUGCAGUAAAUGGAUCUACCUAUAUUGGCAUCACACACAGUGGCCCUCCCUUCUCCCCUGCUGCCAACCUCAGCAUUUUUAAAUUGCACAGGGACCUUAAUGUCACAUUGGAACAAACUUUGGGUAUAGAAGCUCUGGAUGUUAAACAUUUCUCAACUGAAGGCAAGGAUUAUCUAAUAGCAUCAAGCCAGAUUUUUGUUUGGACUGGGGGCUCCUUCACCCUCCUCCAAACUGUUGACUUCGAACAGAACAUCCUCAGUGUUACUCCUUUCACUCGAGCAGCUGUUCCUCACCUGUUGGUGUGUUUAGACAGACAGACUGUCAGCUGCCUCCUGCUGCAAUGGACCAAUGGAAGAUUUCAGAAUCCACAGCCUCUCCAGCUCAACGGCAGGGCCAUUCAGGUGGAGACAAUCAACACAAGAUCAGGGGACACUGUGCUCUUGGUUCUAAUCGAAGGUCCUUCUUCGACAUGUGAGGUGUUACAGUGGAGCUCGGGACAGCCUUCACCUCAGCUAUUUCAGUCCAUUCCUCACCCAGGCCUCACAUCUAUUCACCCAUUUACAACACCAUCUGGGAUCACGUACGUCCUACUAGCUGGAAGAAAUGGCUCAUCACUCUACUCCUGGAGAUCUGAUGUCAAUCUUCUUGCCAUGAUCCUGAGGGUUCCUCCAGCCAUUAACUUCUUAUCUCUUGUGGUCCCAUCCCUUAACAGCACCAUGACCCUCUUGGCUUCUUCUGAGGAGAAUAGCACCACUGUUUAUGAAUUCACAUUAGUCUCCAAUAUGUCCGAUUUCAUACCCAGUUUUGGGGAGUUGCACUUUGCACCAGGUGACAGCGAGCUGGAGAUAGCAGUUAACAUCAUAGAUGAUGACAUCCCUGAGGAGCAGGAGCACUUCCAGAUCAGCCUGAAGAAUCCAAAGGGCGGGGCUGAGAUUGGAUUUGGUGGUCAAGUGACUGUCAUAGUCCCAUCCAACGAUGAUGCCCAUGGAGUCAUCGGCUUCGCUCAGAAUUCUCUAUCUGUAGAGGUGGAGGAGCUGGAGCAAAAUGAUCAGAUUUCUCUCAGUGUGGAAAGGAAGAGAGGGACUUUUGGCAGGCUGACGGUUCACUGGGCUGCCUCUGGCAGUCUGGCAGACAUUUACCCCACUUCAGGAGUAGUCACGUUUUCAGAGAGCCAAUCAGAGGCCAUCAUCUCACUGACUGUGCUGGCAGAUGGUGUCCCAGAGCUGAGGGAGACUGUCACUAUCACCCUCAUGGAUGUCACCACUGUGGGGCUGCAGGACCUUACACAGGCGGCAGUCAUUGACAAGCAGCGGGCUCAAGCUCUUCUCACUAUCCUACCAAAUGGUUCUCCCUACGGGGUGUUUGGAUGGCAUCUGGACUCACAGUUUACACUCACAAAAGAACCACAGAGGCUUCCAGUCAAUGUGACCCUCUCCAUAGUGAGGGAGCAGGGCUCCUCCGGGGAGGUGGCAGUCCACUACCAGACCAGGCCGGCCCUGUACCAGCCUCUCUCCAACCAGGCAACUGCAGGAGAGGAUUACAUCUCCAAAGACAACACUGUCAUCAUGAUCAGUGGUGCUACAGUGGCUGUUGUCUCUAUCACAAUCCUACUGGACGACAUCCCAGAGCUUGCAGAGAGUUUCCUGGUAAAUAUCACCAGUGUGGAGCUGGUAGGUGGUUCAGUGGGUGCUGGGCAGCCCAGCCUGAAGAGGCCUGGUAUGGAAAUAGCCGAGGUUACUAUCCAAGAGAAUGAUGACCCUCGAGGGAUUCUCCAGUUUAAUGUUUCUGAGGAUAUCACUGGAGUUGUGCAAGCGUAUGAGAUACCACCACCAGACAACAUCCUCUAUCUGCCAGUUGUGCGACUUGCUGGAACAACUGGAAGACUGGUCAUGUACUGGGAAGCUCAGCCAAUCACUGCUGAUUUUAGUGAUUUCAGUCCGUCAUCUGGGAACAUCACCUUUCAAGAUGGACAGAAAGAGGCCAAGAUUGCUGUCACCAUUUUUGAUGAUGAACUGGUGGAGACUGCAGAGACCCUCAGAGUGAAUUUACUGCGUGUGAUUGGUGGUGCUCGACUGGGAGAAGUGACCUCUGUGACUAUCAGCAUUCCGCCCAAUGACUCACCUCUGGGACGGUUUGGAUUUCAGGAACUGGAGGUUACUGUCAGUGAGCCUGAAUUUGAGGACGAUCCUGAAGCUGUGGUGACACUAGCAGUGUUGCGUAGUGUGGGAGGUGAAGGGGCAGUGACACUGAGAUGGCAGCUGGAAGACCAAGCUAAGGAUGACCUCUCACCUUUAAAUGGAACUGUUGUAUUCACUGAGAACGACUCAAUGAAGACGUUUGAGAUCAGAGCCCUCGCUGACAGUGUACUGGAAGGAGAUGAGCAUUUCACCGUCCAGCUGUUCCCCGCUGCAAGUGGUGCUGUCAUUGACCCCUUAAAUGGAGUGGCCACCAUCACUAUCAGGGCAGACAAGGCUGCUCUGGGUAUUAUCGGAAUAGCAGAGUCCUCCCGGAACAUCCUAAUCGGAGAACCUCAGGGAGAUUACAACGGCAGUGCUGUGGUCAGCCUUGUAAGAGGGCCAGGUGUAUAUGGAGAGGUCGAGGUGUAUUGGAAUAUCACUCCAGCUGUGGUUUCUGAGUUUGAAGCAAUCUCUGGCACUGUGACGUUUAGAGACAGGCAAUCUGUUGCCACAAUUAUUCUGAAGGCCCUGGAUGAUGACCUUCCUGAAGAGAGUUCUGAGUACCAGCUCACCCUCACAUCUGCCACCUCUGGACUAGAAAUCAGUCCCAUGGCCAAGCAUGCCAAAAUUAUCAUGACAGCCAGUGACAAUCCCUAUGGCCUGUUCUCCUUCAUCCAGCAUCAGAUCAGGGCAACUGAGGAGGAGGGAAGGGUAAAUGUGACAGUUGGUCGCCUCUUAGGCAGUCUGGGCAGUGUUUGGGUGACCUAUCAGACCUCAGGUAACACAGCAGUCAGUGGAGAGGACUUUGUUCCAGCCUCAGGACGACUCCUCUUUACCCCAGGCCAAACUACACAAGAAGUCACACUGCAGAUCCAGGAUGACAGUCUUCCAGAGGGGCCUGAGAUGUUCUUCCUUAACAUUACUGAUGUAGAGUUAGUCAACGACAGUGUUGUGGACUACACAAUGAGGGAGUCGGGUCUCCAGCAGGACCAGCCCCCGCUUAUAGGCAACAUUUUCACCGUCACUGUGGUCAUACUGAAGAAUGACAAUGCUGAGGGUAUCAUUGAGUUCAGGCAGGAGCAUGCCAACAUCACAGUUGAGGAGGAUGUGGGCACUCUGUUGAUCCCAGUGGUGAGGCGGGUGGGCACAUAUGGAGUGGUCUCAGCUCAGUUCAUUUCCAGAGGCCUGAGUGCAACAAAUGACCUCGACUUCAUCCUAAAUAAUGGAUCACUGACGUUUGAAAAUGGCCAAAAUACCAGCUACAUUAAUGUCACGAUUAUAGAUGACAUGGACAGUGAGCAUGCAGAGAUAUUUGAGGUCCAUCUGGUUGGAGCUACAGGAGGAGCAGUUCUUGGCGCUCAACAAGUUGCCAGGGUAACAAUUGCCAAGAGUGACUCUCCGAGUGGUGUGGUCCGUUUUCUCAACGAGAGCCUAAUUACGGUGGUCAACCCCAACUCCACCCUCAGACUCAGUCUUGUUUUGGAGAGAGCAGGAGGCCUGGUGGGCAAUGCAACGGUAGCUUGGAUCAUCCUCGGCCCUAACAGCAGAGAGGCCCUUACACCAUCCAACACAGACAUAAGAGAGCCUGUAAACGGCUCCUUCUUGUUCAGGGAUGGAGAGGAAGGCACACGCAGCAUAGAGCUAAAGAUUCUCCCCCAUGGGGAAGUUGAAGUGGAGGAAACAUUUGUCAUAGAGCUCAGUGUCCUGUCAGGAGAGGUGGAUGUGGAUUCUCAGGCUGGUUCUGUAACACUAAAGAUCGAGAAGUUUGGUGAUCCAAAUGGUAUAGUCCAGUUUACUCCAGAUGAUCUUGAUGAGCAUGUCUACAAUGAAUCCACAGAAGCAGAGGAUCCUGUUAAUAUUUCACUGUUGGUUAUACGCAGGGAGGGUGUCAUGGGUAACAUCACGGUGCAUUGGCAGAUACUGAGUGACUCAGAUAUGACUGGUGACUUCUUAGCCUUAGCUGGCUCAGUGAUGAUUUUUGAAGGCCAGAGGGAGGCUGAAAUUGUCCUCAGUCUUUUGCCCGAUACAGUGCCAGAGCUGGAAGAGCUCUUCACUGUCCAGCUCACAGCUGUGGAGGGAGGCGCUACCUUGGACAACAACCCAAACCUCAUCAAAACAAGCAUCAGGGUGCCUGCUAACGAUGAACCCCAUGGUGUCUUUUCCCUGGAUCCUGAGCAACAGUCUAUAGUGGUAGUGGGGUCAGGGUCUGAGGUCACUAGAGCGCUGAUUAUGAAUGUGACACGGCUCGCUGGGCUAUUUGGAAACACUAGUGUGGGCUAUAAGAUCAGUGGAAAGAUAGAUGAAGUGAUGGACAUGGAGGAGAUACUGGGAAGAAAAGCUGAAGGAAAGCUGUUAAUGAGAGAGGGCCAAACCUUCAGUACGAUCACUAUACCCUUCAGCAGCCAGGUAUUUCUUUCAGUGGGUGAGAGCUUCACAGCAGAGCUGACUGAUGUAAGACUAGUAGGUCCAAUCCUCGGCUCUCCGCCUCGCCUCCUAAAAGAGGCCAGUGUUGCUACAGUGACUGUUCCUGAAGAAGCUGCCAGCUCAGAGGUCGGCUUUGCCUCGCUUGCUUUGCAGGUUUCAAGCAUAGAAACCGGGACGUGUGAAGCACAAGUGACUCGCUCAGGGCUGUUUGGGGACAUAAGGGUGCAGUGGAAUGCUGGAUAUCCUUCAGGUCAGGCUCCACCUGGACUCCAACAGGGUGUGAUCAGACCAAAUUCAGGCUCACUGACCCUGGCCCAUGGGGAGAGGACUAAAGUCAUAUCACUGACAGCAGAUCCUGAUGCAUCUGGUGCAGCAUCCUAUGCCAUACACCUCACAGCUGCAACAACAAGCACAGCUGCUGGUGCUGGCACUGUCAGGCUCAGGUCAGGAUUUACAGUGGCAGAAGUAGAGCCUUUGGGAAUCUACCAGUUUGCCCCUGAUUCCCGCCAGCUAGUAAUCGCAGAGGACAUUCAGACCAUCACACUUUAUGUCCAGAGACUCUACGGUUCUCGUAGCAACGGCACCCGCCUGUCCUAUACGACGGUAUCAGGCAGCGCAGCAGCUGGAGAGGACUUUAUUGCAGUGCCAGAUGGCCGUUUGGUCUUUGACUCACCUCACCAAACCAACACUUCCUUCCGCCUCUCAAUACUUGACGACUCCCUCUCAGAAGCUGAUGAGUACUUUCACGUCAACCUUACAGAUGUUCGAGCUUUCACUCCAGAUUUAGCUUGGGCAGAUACCCCUCCUCGCCUCAACCCACAGCACAGUGUGGCCACUGUCACUAUCCUGGCUAGUGAUGUGACAGGAGGAGUGCUGAGUAUUGGACCUGGACUGGUUCAGGUAUCUGAGGACAGGGAUGAGGAGACUCAGCAGGAGAGGAGGGUGGUUCUGAGGGUCCGCAGGUCAGACAGUGGUGCGGGGGCUGUGAGGGUUCGGGUCCAAGCUUAUGGAGGUAUGUUUGCUUUGCUUACAGCACCUCCACCUUUCUCUCUGGAACCAGUCGGGGCUCUGGCAAAAGAGGAACAGGACUUCCGCCUUGAGUCCACAAUAGUGUCUCUACAGCCCGGUCAGAAUGAAGCAGAGGUUGUCCUCCUCAUCCUGGAUGACUCAGAGCCUGAGGGAGAAGAAGUGUUCUUCAUCUACCUCAGUGAUCCAGAGGGAGGAGCACAAAUCACUGACAGUCCACACCUGGGCUUUGGAGCUUUUACUAAGAUCACCAUCCUCGGAAGUGACUUCCAUAAUGGUAUUGUCGGGUUUAGUCUCAAUUCUCUGAUUGGCCAAGUUUUGAAUGAGGAUUCAGAGAACAGAACUGCUCUCCUCUAUCUGCAGAGACAAGAAAACAGAGCAUUUGAAGAUUUGCAAGUCUUCUGGAGGGCAACCUUCAGCAAGGCAGCUCUAACUCUUGAGAGCAAUGGUGUCAACCUAACCACAGAGCUUAUGCAGACCUCCGGAGCGACACUAUGUAAGAGAGGAGAGACAACCUGCGCUCUCAUUGUUGAGGUCCAGGAUGAUCAGGAACCAGAGCAGCAGGCAUGGUUUUUGGUAGAGAUUUAUCAGGUGGGUGCUGGAGCCACCAUUAAUGAGACCACCCGAUUUGCCAACAUCACCUUAGCAGAGAGUGAUGAUCCACGAGGAGUUGUGUACUUUGCUGUGGGCCACAGGCUGCCUGUUGCCACUCUGAUGACCACCAGGCUCAGUCUUCAGGUGUACAGAAGAGCAAGCACUGCCUCAGUCAUGUCUGUGCAAUAUCGCACACUGGAGCUCCCAGGGGAUGAGGCAGUGGGUCCCACUAUAAUCCACCCUGCUAAAGCAGGAAUGGACUACCCUAAACAGGAGGGUACGUUAACCUUCAAUGUGGGUCUUCGUAACGCAUCAUUGGACAUCAUCCUCACACCUGACCUCGCUUCAUCAUUGCCAACCCCAAAGCGCUUCCAGGUGGAGCUCUACAACGCCACAGGGGGAGCCAGAGUGCACCCUCAAUUUGGGCUGGCUAAUGUGACUCUGGUGUCAAACCCAGCAAGUGAAGCUGUGUGGGUCUUACUAGACCAAUUACACCAGCCUCUUAAUGUGAAUCUAUUGAACCUGGUUCUGCAAAGACUGAUCAAUACGAUUGCUACACCUGUCUCACGUGAGCAGAUGACUGCUGUGCUUGAAGCUUUGGAGAAGGUACUCGCAGAAGCAGAGAGGGCUUCUUUACAUCAAAGUAGCCGCAAUUUGACCUACGACCUGCUGUGUGCCUUGGCCAAUCCCAGCAGAGUCGACACCCGAGGCCUCAGCCACCUUGCUGAGGUAGCAGAAAGAUUUGCCUACUCCCUCCUCACAGGCAGCCAGUGUGAGAUAAGGGGUACUAUCCUGGAAACAUGCCCGUACAUGACCAUCUCUGCCUUCCAGUGGUACCCAACACAAAUCAAUGGACACAAAUUCAGGGGACAAAAUGCAGACUUCUUUCAGCUCCCUGAUCGCCUGCUGGCAGUACCAGCAGUGACGAUAGCUGACUGUGCCAACCUCAGCCGGAUUCAGCUGACUGAGUUUCGAACUGAGCACUGGUUUCUCACCAAUGAUACAACAACUGCUCUAAGUGGGAAGGUAUUCUCAGCCAGCCUCCAGGACAGAAGGUCACGACCCCUAGAAGACGGCAAUGAGGUGGUGUAUCGUAUCCACACCCCCGGACACCAAAUUAAACCAGGACGCUCUAUGUGCCUUCUCUGGAACCAGACCACUGCAAGCUGGUCAUCAGAUGGUCAGUACUGCAGGGUUGUGAAAGAGAGUGGGAGCUUUGUGGAAUGUGCCUGCUCCCACUUGUCUAUCUACACAGCCCACGCAGAGUUUGCCACCCUUGCAUCCUACAAUGAAGCCUUCUAUGCCUCUGGAUUUAUCUGCAUUUCAGGCUUUGCAUUGGCCAUAAUAUCCCAUGUGCUGUGCUCCCGUUUUCCUAUGUUUGCUGCCAAACUGCUCACUCACAUGAUGUUGGGCUGCCUUGGAACCCAGAUCUGCUUCCUGGUGUCGGCUUUCCGUGGCCGCAUGUUUUCAGAGGACAGCUGUGCUGCUUUGGCGCUAUUCUCUCACUAUUUCCACCUCAGUCAGUUCUUCUGGAUGCUCAUACAGGCGGUGAACUUCUGGCAAGUGUUGGUGAUGAAUGACGAGCACACAGAGCGUCGAUACCUGCUCUACUUCCUGUUGGGAUGGGGACUUCCUGCUCUGGUCAUCAUCAUCCUGGUCAUCGUCCUGCUUGGUGGCUUCGGAUGGUCAAUACACGCUGUUUAUGGGCUGGUGCAAGGAGAUGUGUGCUUCAUCCCAAACAUCUAUGCAGCUCUGUGCACGGCAGUGCUGGUGCCUCUCAUCUGUCUGGUGGCAGUGCUGGUUGUGUUCAUCCAUGCCUACCAGGUUACUCAGCAGUGGAAGGCCUACGACGACAUUUACCGUGGACGGACAAAUAGUGCAGAGGUGCCACUGGUCCUCUACCUGUUCCUGCUCAUCUCUCUGGUCUGGUUGUGGGCAGGACUGCAUAUGGGCUACAGGUACCUGUGGAUGCUCAUCCUCUAUGUCAUCUUUAACUGCUUCCUGGGCCUGUAUGUGUUUGCUGUGUACUUCGUCAUGCACAACCAGCUGUGUUGGCCUACCAAAGCUAGUUACACGGUAGAGAUGAGCGGCCAUGACAGUCCAAACUCAUCAUACCAGGGAGGGGGACCCACAACUGUUGGAGGCGACAUCAGCAAAUCAACUCAGAAUCUGAUCAGCGCCAUGGAGGAGGUGUCAGCAGACUGGGAGCGAGCGUCUCUGCGGCCCGGCAGUCAGCCCAGCAGUGUUUUUAAACCUAGUCCUGUGAUGGGAACGUACAGCACCGAGGGUGGCUUCAUCAACACAAACCUGGUCAUUGCAGAUGAAGAGUCGCAGGAGUUUGACGACCUCAUAUUUGCCUUAAAAACCGGGACCGGCCUUAAUGUGAGCGAUAAUGAGUCCAUCCCUGGAAGCCACGACGGAGGGAGUGUCACAAACUCCCAAAUAGUGGAGCUAAGGCGGAUCCCCAUUGCAGACACUCAUCUCUAACCUGUUCACCUCGCACAGACCCCUCUGUCCCACAUAUCAGUUCAGACUACAGCACAGUAUUUUUAUACGAUGAAAUGCUUUUGCACUAAAACAGUUUUUUGAAUAGAACAUUUUCUAAUAGAUGUUUCAUACUGUAUGUGAUUUUUACUGUACAUCUGUUUUUUAUAUAUAUAAAUGAACCUAUACAUAAAUGUUUUACUAAAUUAAUUUUUUUAAGUAACUGUUGGAGUUGUUUCUGAAUGUAUAUUUGGAUGUUUUUUUCUGUAGAGACCAAGCAGCUCAGCUGAACGACUGCUGCUGAGGAUGAUGUAACAUUGUUAAUAAAUGAUUGACAAUAUUUGA